UUUAGCCAAUAACACAGACAUUUCCUUUUCGGUGACGUGACUUUUGCAAUAGAAUCUCCAAUCAGGGUGCGAUUGCGAGAAGGGGCGUGCAGUUAAAUUUACCUGGAGGCAGGAGACCUAGAGAAGACAGCCCUGAUGAGAGGAUGCUGAAAUCGGGUCAAUAAACGAACACAGGCGGUGGUGAAUGCGCUAUCUUGGUAUAAUAAAACAGAGGCUGAGUUGAAGAAAACACAAAUAUUUAAACAUCAGCUGAGGAGCCCUGGGGAAGAUGGCCUCUGACACAGCCAUGAGGACAGAGCUGGAAGACCUGCAGAAACGGGGCAAUCAGGUUACUGAUGAGUCCCUGGAGAGUACUCGUCGCAUGAUGCAGUUGGUUGAAGAGAGUAAGGAUGCAGGAAUCCGGGUGUUGGUCAUGUUGGAUGAGCAAGGAGAGCAACUGGAUCGCAUCGAUGAGGGCAUGGAUCAGAUCAACCAGGACAUGAAGGAGGCAGAGAAAAACCUCACAGAUAUGGCCAAGUGCUGCGGGCUAUGCGUCUGCCCGUGUGCCAAGCUGAAGGACUUUGAGGCCAGCGGCGCUUAUAAGAAGGUGUGGGGGAACAACCAGGAUGGCGUGGUGUCCAGUCAGCCCACCUCUCGCGUGGUGGACGAGAGGGAGAAGAUGACCAUGAGUGGCGGGUACAUCCGCAGGGUCACCAAUGACGCACGCGAGGACGAGAUGGAGGAGAACCUGACGCAGGUCGGGAGCAUCCUGGGAAACCUGCGCAGUAUGGCGCUGGACAUGGGCAACGAGAUCGACACGCAGAACGUCCAGAUCGACCGCAUCCAGGGGAAGGCAAUCAUCAACGAAUCCCGCAUCAGUGAAGCCAACCAGAAGGCCCACAAGCUUAUAGCAAGAUAAACCAAGACCAGAAGACUUCUAUACAAGUUUUAGCAUGUAUACACUCCCUCUUAAAGAUGAACUUACUGUACACACACACACAUACACACAACUCAUAACAUGACUUUCUCUACAUCAUACAUGUGACCAUACACAAGAAAAACACACUUUCUGCCAGUCCCUACACUCAAGAACAACAUUAACAAAAUAUCCUGAAAAGAAAAUAUUCCUCUCUUAAUCCUACGUGUGUCAAACACAAAGCACUUUCUCAGUUGCAAACUCACAAAUAAAGCACACACAAACAAGCCUCAGAAAAACACUUCUCUCAAGAAAAACAAACCUUCAGGCAUACACGAACACACACUCAUUCUUUCUCACAGAAAACCAUCAAGAAAUAGAACAUGGGUCGGUCAAUCUGUAAGCUUGGAACUGAGUUUUAACAUUUUUCUGAAUUGCAUUUACAGUGCUGUACUCCCAUAGACAACGCUACUUGUCUUCAACACACGCUUAAAGAUAAUCAGUUCUCAAUUGCUGUAGUCUUUGAUGUGAAGGUGUAUCAAGUGCCACCUUCCCUAUCAAAGCCAAACGUUCAGCCAAUCAGUGGUAUUACAACAGUAUAUUUCAUACAAUAUACAAUUCCUAAGGUAUAAAACAUUAAACCAUGUAAAAUCCAAAAUUCUAAUGUAGAUGCAUUGCCAUACAAUGUUAACUCUUAUAUUUAUUAAAACAUUCAUAGUUCAGAGGCAAGCUAUUGUGGGUUUUUGAAUUCCUUCUCUAUAUAGCCAAAAAUUAUUGAGCAUGGACCAGAGGCAUGGACUAAAAAAAUUGCCCUUUCUCCAAAACCAUCCCUGCUGCCAUCUGGUGGCUGAAAUAUUUACUACUCCAUUCCAUACUCUCAAGGUAUGAGCCAUCAAAAAACAAGUCAAGAUGGAGACAAUUCUAACCUUUCGGCCAUGUUGCUUCGGUGUAGUCUACUGCCACUUUCUUAUUGUGAAAAAUACAAUAUUAUACAAUAUUAUUCUUUAAAAAAAUGUUUUUAAGUCAAACUGACUCUGUGUGGUAAGGAGCAGACUGAUUUGGAAUAAUUUUUUAGCUUAUGACGAGGGAAGUAAAAAUGGGCUAGCUGGCUUCACCUAUUCAACGGUUCAGUGGAAAUAUACAUGGAUGUUCGUUGUACUGAAGGCAUUGUACAUGCUCUUAUGAAUUCAUGUUUUCUAUUUCGAACUGAAGAAUGGAAUGGAGAAUAGUCGCAUGUUCAGUGAUCAUUUUCUGCCCCAAUCUCCAUUUUUCUGCCUCCCUUCCCUCUCUCUUAUUGAUAUUAAAAGAACCUGACACUGACACGACAAGCAGAAAAAUUUCUUCCGUGCAAAAUUGUCAUCUUUAAUCUUUACAUUUGGCAUUUCCAUUGCUGAAAUUCAUUAAGGAGGACACAUUGUGCAUGAAAUGAUCAUUUCAUGCACCCUCUCUGAAGUUGUCACCUAGUAACAUGUAUUGAAUAGCACAAGGCAUCAUUCUCAACUACACACGACACAUUUACAAUUGGAAUGUCCAAGGUUUAGAAUGUAGUCUUUACUGCAGGCGUUUCAUAGAUUUAAGAUUUGUAAAUAUCCAGUUAUUGUUGAACUUGGGCUGUAAAACGAUGCGGUGUGAGAUGUCCAGUGUGUAUAGUGAAGCACUUAAAACUGGUGUAUAGUUAUAAACCUUUGUGUUGAAUAUCCAUUGGGACACAUUGAUGUCAUUCUUCCGUGUCAUAUCCUUUUUUUUUUUUGUAUUUUCAGCUCCUCAACCCUCAGUGCUAUAAAACCUUCCUAUACUCUGAUUACUCUGUACAUGACAACCUUCUGUACCUAUACUGACUGUGGUGAUGGUGGAUGUGGUGAUUAUUAAAUUAAUUGUGGAUUUAUCUUCAA